CCAGUUCUUUCUUAACAAUAUUUUUCGAAUACCUUAUAUAUAACAAUUACAAAAGUAGUGUUUUUAAGAGAUCGUCGCCUACAAUGGCUUCAAAAGCUUUUCUUUUUUUAAGUCUCAUUGUUGUGCUUCUCAUCGCGUCUGAGGUGGUAGCCAGAGACCUCGCUGAAAAAUCGGCAGAGUAUAAAAACAAAGGAGGAGACGAAGUAAAGCAAACUGAGCAGUUUGGAGGGUUCCCGGGAGGAGGGUAUGGAGGGUUCCCAGGAGGAGGGUAUGGAGGAAACCCUGGUGGAGGGUAUGGAAACCGCGGUGGAUAUGGAAACCGUGGAGGAGGAUAUGGAAACCGUGGAGGAGGAUAUGGAAACCGCGGUGGUGGAUAUGGAAACCGUGGUGGAGGAUAUGGAAACCGUGGUGGUGGAUAUGGAAACCGCGGUGGUGGAUACUGUCGCUACGGCUGCUGCUACAGAGGCUACUACGGUGGCUGCUCCAGGUGUUGUUCUUAUGCUGGUCAGGCUGUUCAAACUCAGCAACAGAGUACUGAGCCUGGUCACUAAAAGUCUAAAAAUGAUGCAUAAUUACCAUGGUUGGAAAAGUCAGUACAAAGAUAAAAGAUUGCUUUGUGUAUUGCUUAUGUUUUAUUUUUAAGUUUGUUUUGUGAUAAUCUCUGUUCAUGUAAUAAAAGUAUGUUUGGAUU